GAGACAUCAGCUUCCUCACAAGCCUGCCAAGAGCAUCUUCACAUCUUCACAUCUUCAAUGUAGAUCUCAACCAGCCUGACAGUUUCAAUGCAGCAAUUGAAGGAUGCAUUGGGGUUUUCCAUGUUGCUCACCCUAUGCCUGACAAAGAACUUGAAGAAGAUUCGGUGACGAAAAAAUCUGUCCAAGGAGCCCUAGGAAUAUUGAAAGCAUGCCUAAACUCCAAGACUAUGAAGAGGGUUGUGUACACUUCUAGUGCAGCAGCUGCGGUUUACAGUGACAAUGGCCGUGACUCGGUGGAUGAAAGUACAUGGAGCGACAUUGAAUACCAUAGGUCUCUCAAAUUAUUUGGGACUUCAUAUGUGGCUGCCAAGACCAAGACAGAACAAAUAGCGCUAAAAUUUGCAGAAGAAAAUGAACUGGAACUUGUGACUUUACUCCCUCCAUUAGUUGUUGGUGGAUUUCUCUGCAAAACUCUCCCUGCCUCAGUGUAUUUGUCGCUAUCCAUGAUUCUAGGAAAUCAAGAUCACUACAAACAUCUUAUGAGGCAAAAUAUGGUACAUGUAGAUGACUUGGUUAGUGCCCAUAUAUUUCUUUUUGAAAACCCUAAUGCCAAAGGGAGGUACAUUUGUUCAUCAAAUCAGAUAACCAUAGAUGAAAUGUCCCAAUUUCUUUCUGCAAAAUACCCGGGUUUUCGCAUUCCCACAACUGAUUUGUUGAAAGGCAUUGAAGGUUACAAAAGGCCUUGCCUCUUAUAAAAAAAGCUCUUGAGUUCUGGAUUUAGGUUUAAGCAUGGAGUUGAUGACAUGUGUGAUGAAGCAAUCCAAUGUUGCAAAGAAAAGGGUUUUCUUUGAAUCGUGUUUGCAACUGGCAUGACCCUCUGAUUUGGGAUAAGAUAAUCUCUCUUUGAAAAUCUAGUCAUACGAUUUUUAUAAAUAAGCAACGAUCCUCAGAACGAAAGAAAGUUGUUGCCUAUACAAUUGGGCGAAGGAGUUUCUACUUUCUACAACAAGUGCAUGUUUUUGUGUUUUACAAAUUUUCUUUUAGUCUAUAAUGUGAGUGAACAAUUGAGAAAGUAAAUUUUUGGGACGUCUUCAAAAGUUCCAAGAUUAUUGUAAUAUGUAUGUCUGCGUGCAACAAUCCAUAUGAUUGGAUAAAUAUAAUUUAUGGUA